AUGGACAAUAGGAUCACAAUAUGUAACCCUGAUGAAGAAGAAAUCAACAAUGAAAUAUUUCGGGAUAUUGAGCCAUGCACGUGGAUCAACGAUGAUCCGAACUAUGAUUUGGAUGAGUUCAACAUGUUCUUCCAUAGGGUGGAUUCAGAUCAGAUCAUAUACGAAGAAAAAAAGAAGAAAUGUAAAUUUAUCGGUAAAUAUGUUAUGGGUGAUGUUCUUGGUGAAGGUAGUUACGGAAAGGUGAAAGAAGUGCUGGACUCAGAGACACUUUGUCGAAGAGCUGUGAAAAUCUUAAAAAAGAAGAAACUUCGUAGAAUCCCAAAUGGAGAGCUUAGUGUUCAACGGGAGAUAAGACUAUUAAGGAUAUUAAAACAUAAGAAUGUAAUUAACCUUGUAGAUGUUUUAUAUAAUGAUGAAAAGGAGAAGAUGUACCUAGUUAUGGAAUUUUGUGUAUGUGGAUUACAGGAUAUGUUGGGAAGCACACCACUCAAGAAGCUUCCUAUUUGGCAAGCACAUGACUAUUUCUGUCAGUUAUUGGAUGGUUUAGAAUACCUUUACAGCAAAGGAAUAGUACACAAAGAUAUAAAACCAGGGAAUUUGUUAUUAGCUUUAGAUGGUACUUUAAAGAUUAGUGAUUUUGGUGUUGCAGAGGCAUUAGACAUGUUUUCUGAAGAUGAUACAUGUAAAAUGGGACAAGGCUCACCAGCAUUUCAGCCUCCUGAAAUUGCAAAUGGCUGUGAAACAUUUUCUGGUUUUAAAGUAGAUAUAUGGAGCAGUGGAGUUACAUUGUAUAAUAUAACCACAGGUCAAUAUCCUUUUCAAGGCGAUAAUAUUUAUAAAUUAUAUGAAAAUAUAGGUAAGGGUGAAUAUACCAUACCUGAAGAAGUAGAGGAGCCUUUAAAAUCUCUUAUACAAGGAAUGUUGCAAAAAGAUGCAGAUAAAAGAUUUACUUUGCAACAAGUUAAAAGACAUCCAUGGACUAUAUCCAGGCAUCCUAGAACACAAGAAGAAGUGCCUAUACCUCCUCUUAAAGGACACAAGUGGCACAGUAUGACUGUACUACCGUACCUGAUGGAAUAUCAUUACGGAGGUGACGACAAUCCUACGUAUUAUACUGAACAUCAACUAAACGAAGAAAAACGGCUUCAAGAAAUGGAUAGAAUCAGUGAAGACCAAAAAACUACUUGGAAUAGUCACAAUAGCAAACCAAAUUCACAUCAAAGUAAACGAAGGUGGCGCAAACCAAUUUCAUGUAUUAAUGUUAAGAAAUUUCCAUCUUGUAAGCCAUCGUGA